UCUUUCAUGCACUUUAUUCAAAUGCCCUUUUUCGUGUUAUUGGAGACUUUGAAUUUAAAACUAUCGUAACACUUAGUACUUCCAGAACUGAAAAGAUUAUAGUCGAUAUUGGCGAUGAUGGUUUCUUAAAUAUAAGCGAGGAUGAAACAAAGGUUAGCACAAUAUUUCGUAUAUUCACGUUUACUCUUAUUCUUUUAACUGGUAAACAAAUCAUUUACCCUUCUCUUGUUUCUUCAGUAUUCAAAGUAUUUAUUUCAUUAGCAUUAUUGAGAAAUACCUCUAAUGCUGAAUCUGAAGUUAUUGACAAUUGGUAUAAUAAUCAUUCUACCCGGGUAAAAGUAUCUAUCUGGCGUGACAAUCCUACAAUGAAUAAAGUAGAAAUAAUUCAAGAAGAAGAACUAAAUCAAUAUUCUGAAGAUCAAGAAUCCAAUUUUGAAAUUUUGCUAGAAUCUUCUUCCAAAGGGAAAGGGAAACAUCCAAAUUUGAAUUCAGAAGAUCGGAGAAGAUACGCAGAUGCACUAGGAUCUACUUCAAAUGAUCAUUCAGAAAAUCAGAAAAUGUACAAUAUACCGCUAAAUUCAGAAGAUCGGAGAAGAUACGCAGAUACGCUAGGAUCUACUUCGAAUGAUUUUUCAGAAGAUCAGAGAAGAUACGCAGAUGCACUAGGAUCUACUUCAAAUGAUCAUUCAGAAGAUCAGAAAAUAUAUGAUAUACCACUAAACUCUAAAGAUAUCUCGGAAGAAGAGCUUAACAUCGACAAACCGGUAGAUGUUAAUUGGAUGAAUCGACUCAGUUCUUAUUAUAAUGAGCAUUUCAAACCACUAAACGGCUCAACCUUUGUCGAUCCUUUCGAGGAG